GAGAGAGAGACUGUAAACAUGGAGGAGGUGAAGCGGUAGCAGCUGAGACUCGUCCCGUUCUCUCAAUCCCGCAUUUUCCUGCGUAGCAAGCCGCCGGAGGAGCUCCACGGAGCGGGAGGCGGAGAGGCGGUGGCCGGUGGCCGGAGCGGAGGGCACACCGAGACUCUUCGACAACCGUAGCCGGGAGGAAGCGACUUCUGCGCGGAUACGCGCUCGAUGACUACCCGCGGACAUCCACGGAAGCCGAACUGACAGAAGAAAGCGGAUCGACCCGUCCAGCAGAUGGCCGACUGAGCUGCGGAGCUGCUGUGACCUUCAUGAACUCAUCGCAGCCCUCAGCGGUGGAGGUGACGAGCGGCCUCCCGUCAGGCAUGCAGAGCCCAGGAGGAGCAGCCGGCGAGCAGAGAGGCGGAGGAGCUGCCGAAGGAGCCUCUGUGUCUCCAGGCGGGGCUCCGGGUGAAGGCCCCGGGGGAGCGGGAGGAACGGGCCCCGUGGACCUCCGGACGGACUCCAGGGUGGGCGUGGCGUCGGUGGACACCUCCCUGCGGGAGCAGCAGCUGCAGCAGGAGCUGGUGCUCCUCAAGCAGCAGCAGGAGCUGCAGAAGCAGCUGCUGUUCGCCGAGUUCCAGAAGAAGCACGAGGUGCUGACGCGGCAACACGAAGUCCAGCUGCAGGAGCACCUGAAGCAACAACAGGAGCUGCUUGCGGCCAAACGGCAGCAGGAGCUGGAGCAGAAGAGGAAACUGGAGCAGCAAAGACACGAAGAGCAGGAGAAGCAGAGGCUGGAGCAGCAGCUGCUGCUGCUCAGGAACAAGGAGAAAGGCAAAGAGAGUGCCAUUGCCAGCACCGAGGUGAAGCUGAAGCUGCAGGAGUUUCUCCUCAGUAAGAAAGAUCCUCUUCCUGGUGGACUGAACCAUUCCUUCAACCCCAAGAGCUGGGCAGCCCAGCACGCCUCCCUGGAGCAGAGCUCUCCUCCGCAGAGCAACACCCCAGGAACCCCCCCCUCCUACAAACUGCCCCCGCUGCUGGGCAGCUACGAGAGCAAAGACGACUUCCCGCUGCGCAAGACAGUUUCAGAACCCAACCUGAAGGUCCGCUCGCGGUUGAAGCAGAAGGUGGCGGAGAGGCGGAGCUCGCCGCUGCUCCGCAGGAAGGACGGAACGGUCAUCAGCACCUUCAAGAAGAGAGCCAUCGAGAUCUCAGUGUCCUCGCUCUGUAACAGCGCCCCCGGCUCCGGGCCCAGCAGCCCCAACAGCUCCAACAGCGCCAUCGCCAACGGCAACACCGGAUCCGUGCCCAACAUCCAGACCGAGCUCCGGUCCCUGCACCAGACGCUGGGGGCUGAUGGGAGUCUGAGUCCUCUCAGCCUGUACUCGUCCCCGUCCCUCCCCAACAUCUCCCUGGGUCUGCCCGCCAACACACACAUCACGUCGGCGCAGCAGCUGUCCUCUCAGCAGGAGGCGGAGCUUCAGGCCAUCCAGUCGCUGCGGUCGGGCGGAGCCCUGACGGGGAAGUUCCUGUCCACGUCGUCUCUUCCGGCCGGCGUCGGCCACGACGUGGAGGCCCCGCCCCCCAGCUCCCACUCCGCCCACUCCUCGCUGCUGCAGCACGUCCUGCUGCUGGAACAGGCCCGGCAGCAGACCGCCAUGCUAGUUCCCAUGUACAACCAGUCGCCCCUGGUGACGGCUGAGAGGGGCGUGUCCGGCGCCAUGCGCUCCGUCAACAAGCUGCCGCGCCACCGGCCGCUGGCCCGCACGCAGAGCGCCCCCCUCCCCCAGCAGACCCCCCAGGCCCUGCAGCAGCUGGUGGUCCAGCAGCAGCACCAGCACUUCCUGGAGAAACACUACAAGAUGCUCUCCAAAGGGGCGGAGCUCCCCCGGCCGCCGCCCACCCACCCAGAGGAGACGGAGGAGGAGCUAACAGAGACCAAUGACAUGCAGGAGGACGACGAGGGGGCGGGGCUUCACCGGCUCCAGAAGGAGGAGUCGGACGACAGCACGCCACCGUCGGAGCGCCUUGGCGCGCCGCUGAAGGGCGAGGACGAGCUGGGCGGCGUGCACAUCAAAGGCGAGAGCACGGAGAGCGAGCUGGACGAGGAGGAGGAGGACGAAGACGUCAUCCAGCUGACGGAGGGCGACGAAGACGAGGCCGGCAGCUACACGCCGGCCUUGCAGCAGCUGGGAGUGUUCCAGUCCUCGCUGCCCCACAGACCUCUGGGUAGAGCGCAGUCCUCCCCCGCAGCGCCCGUAGGCCCCGCCCACCCCACUAAGCACCUCUUCACCACCGGACUGGUGUACGACAGCCUGAUGCUGAAGCAUCAGUGUGUCUGCGGUAACGCUCACAUCCACCCAGAGCAUGCUGGGAGAGUCCAGAGCAUCUGGUCCAGACUGCAGGAGACGGGGCUGCUGGGACGCUGUGAGAGGAUUCGAGGACGGAAGGCGUCCCUGGACGAGAUCCAGUCGGUCCACUCGGAGUUCCACACCCUGCUGUACGGGACCAGUCCGCUGAACCGCCACAAACUGGACCACAAGAAGCUGCUGGGUCCCAUCAGUCAGAAGAUGUACGCCGUCCUGCCCUGCGGCGGGAUCGGGGUGGACAGUGACACUGUGUGGAAUGAGAUGCAUUCCUCUGCUGCUGUUCGGAUGGCCGUCGGCUCGGUGAUAGAGCUGGCCUUCAGAGUGGCUGCAGGGGAGCUCAAGAAUGGUUUUGCGGUGGUUCGUCCUCCAGGUCACCACGCCGAGGAGUCCACCGCCAUGGGCUUCUGCUUCUUCAACUCUGUCGCCAUCACUGCCAAACUGCUGCAGCAGAAACUUGGAGUGUUGAAGAUUCUAAUCGUGGACUGGGACAUUCACCAUGGCAACGGCACCCAGCAGGCCUUCUACAGCGACCCCAACGUCCUCUACAUCUCCCUCCAUCGCUACGACGACGGGAACUUCUUCCCCGGCAGCGGAGCCCCCGAGGAGGUGGGCUCGGGAGCCGGACUGGGGUUCAACGUGAACAUCGCCUGGACCGGAGGGGUGGAGCCCCCUAUGGGCGACGUGGAGUACCUCACUGCCUUCAGGAGCGUGGUGAUGCCCAUCGCCCAGCAGUUCAGUCCGGACGUGGUCCUGGUGUCGGCGGGCUUCGACGCCGUGGAGGGCCACCAGUCGCCGCUCGGCGGCUACAACGUGUCGGCUAAGUGUUUCGGCCAACUGACGCAGCUCCUCAUGGGCCUGGCGGGCGGACGGGUGGUCCUGGCGUUAGAGGGGGGUCACGACCUCACAGCCAUCUGCGACGCGUCGGAGGCCUGCGUGUCGGCGCUGCUGGGAGACCUGAGCGACUCGGGGGUUCAGUGGCCUCAGGAGCAGCCGUGUCCUAAAGCCUGCGCCUCGUUGGAGCGAGUCAUCCAGAUCCAGAGUAAACACUGGCCCUGUCUCCAGGCGUUGUCUCAGACCAGCGGGAACUCGCUCCUGGACGGCCAGUCGGAGAAGGACGAGGCGGAGACGGUCAGCGCCAUGGCGUCUCUGAGUGUGGACGUGGAGCAGCCAGGCUCCGUCCCCGAGGACGGAGAAACCAGGUCCACGGAGGAGCCCAUGGAGGAGGAGCCAGUCCUGUAGGAGGAGCUCAGCCGGCGGAGCAGCGCCUCCUUCCCCUCCUGAGGUGCAGGACUCUGGCUGUGGAGACCAGAAGAAGGAGUCUGCAGGGACACACGCCCUGGACAGUCUUUGCUUUUAUCGUCCCUGCUCCUCAGAGAACUUGAACACACUACGAGGACGACUGGUCCUGUCUGGUCCAAGUGAGGACGACUGGUCCUAUUUGUUCCCAGAGAGGACGACUGGUUCUGUCUGGUCCCAGUGAGGGCGACAGGUCUUAUCUGGUCCGGUCUGGUCCCAGAGAGAAGGACUAGUCCCUUCUAGUCCCGGAGAGGACGGCUGGUCCUGUCUGGUCCGUUGGAGAAGGACUGGUCCCGUCUGGUCCCAGAGGAGACGUCUUGUCCCGUCUGGCGCCGGAGAGGACGACUGGUCUUACCUGGUCCGGUCUGGUCCCGGAGAGGACGGCUGGUCCUCUCUGGUCCCGUCUGGUCCCUGAGAAGAGGAGCCGGGGACUCAGGUGCCUUUUCUUUCUGUUGUUGAACCGUCAAACCGCCGCCACACCUCAGCCCAUCAGGACUGAAGACACACACAUCCCGGUCUCCGGUCUGCGUUCCUUCAUGUGGAUGCCUUAGUUUUGUUGUUGUUGUUGUUGUUGUUGUUGUUGGUUUUUUUUUCAUGUUCAGCAGCUCUGAGAGGGAACCGGUUCCCCCCGGUUUGUCCCGGGAAGCCUUCAGAGCCAUCACUACACACCGGGGAACCUCCCGGAGAAAUCUCGUACAGAAGCUGGUGAACGCGACUCAGGAUCAGGCUAGCAUUAGCGACGUUAGCUCCAAGUGGCUCUCCAUGGUCAUGUGACCACACACACACACACUACAGCCCCACCACGUCCCUCUGUGUUCUCUCCGUUCGCUGUAAAUACUGUUUCCUGUCCCGUUUCCUGUGGUUACGUCACUUUUCUAUACUGUACAUACAUACGUGUAUAAAAACACAGAAUACUUUCUCUUUUGUAUAAAAAAAAAAGCUAAUAGUCUAUAUAAAUAUGUGUAAACAGUGUUUUAUCCAAUGGGAUUGGAGCUUUUAGCGGCUGUU